CGACCAUUUUGCGAAAAGGGUAGAGGCAAAUUCAGAAAAGGAGAGCGCAAGGCCCAGGGGCAACAGAACAAUCUCCGGAUUGGGCUGUUCUGGAUUGUAUCUUGCAGGGAGGCACAUCAGGAGGGUGCAUAUCAUGUGUGGGUGGGGGCAAAGCUGUUAUCCGAACAACUCUUUGAAAGGCACCUCGCAUCGCCUGAGGGAGUAGAGUUAACAGCAAAGGCAACAGAAGCUUCAAAGUGUCGGCGUAGGUAGCUGCCACAAGUCUGCCUCAGAUUUGAUGUUUCCUUAUUGAAGCGGGUCACCAAGGUAACCUCUUCAGAGCAGUACCACCACUGUUGGAGGCCUACUCUCUUUGGCAAAAUGUCGCAGGCGUUGCAGGCGCGGGCGCUGCAGACUUGGACGCAAGCUCCGCUUCAGAAGUAUCAUCGAGAAGCAGUGGGCCAGUGUGGUCCAACUUCAAGCUUUUUGGGGUCUUGUGGACAAGUUUUUCCUGAAGAUGUCAGACGCCAAAGUUUGCAACGACAAAGAGGGGGAUUUUUGAAAGUUCGGGCCAGCAACCGGAACCCCCCAAAGAAGCCCCCUCCCGAUGGAGACAUCGUCCGGGGGCUUGCCCAGCGCGAGAAGUACCUGAAACCUUUUAUGCUUGAUAUCUUUUUUUCUAACAGAAACUGUAGCGCAAAGAUAAUGAACAGGGUGAACAGCCACGUGGUAGCAGGCGUAGCGACCAAUGAAAAGAGGCUCAAGAUGAGCCUCAUAUGUAUGCACGAUGUCGUCGCUGCUCAGAAAGUUGGGGAGUUGCUGGCAGAGCGGGCGUUAAGAGCUGAGGUGUACUCAGUAACCUUUGAAUUGAGAAAGCAGGAGAAGUGGGAUGAGAAGUACGAGGCCAUCAUGAGCGCGCUCGUAGAACGUGGCAUUAAGAUCGUCUGAUAUUCUGGCUACGGUUGUCAUUCAAUCACCCCGACCAUUUUGGAGACUGGCUUUGCAUUUCCUCUCAAGAAGUUGGAAUUAACCCAAUACUUGAUACAAAUGGUCCUGAAUCCUUGAAAGGAGUCUGCUGAAAACGUCAGAUGUACACACAUAAAAGGUGCGCUGCAUCGGUAUUGAGUUCUCAAUCUCAAACCCCUGCCACCCUCAGAAACAACAAAAAGGACACGUCUUUUUAGAUCUGAGUUCCUGAUAUGCA